AAAAAAAAAGCGCAACAAAGCAACGGAAACGAGCCAAAGCGAAACCAACCAACAGAAAACAGCAACACGACGACUGGUAGGCAGCGAAGCUGAGAAAGUAGUAAUAGCAGUAAAAUCAAUUCCUUCUCUCAAAAUCUUACCCCUAAUUCAAAACCCUAGACGCCUUUUUUUUAGAUGUUUAAUUCGAUUUCCUGAUAGGUGAAAAGAGAAUGUCGUCGGAUUCCAGCUCAUCUUCGGCUUCCGGUGAUGACCCCACCGAUGUAAACCCUAAUUCCGAUCCCAAACUGGUGGAUGAACGGUUUGGUUUCUUGACAUUGACUGAACCGGUCGGAUUGGAACAUAAUCAUCGUGAAAAUGGCGAUGGAAUCGACAAUGGAUCGUUGAAUCAGGAGAGAAUCAAUGACGGCGACGAAGACGAUGAUCGAUUGCGAGUGGAGAAUGAGGAAAUGUUUGGCGAUGAAGGGCCUUUGAGUCCCAGCAGUAGCGGAUACGCCGCUGAGAGAGGGAGCAGCAGCGCCACAAGCGCGUCCAGGAUCGACGAAGCGAGUGAGAUUGACGAUAGUGAGAUUCAGGUAGUGAGAAACGAUGGGUCACUCGACGAAAUCACUGAUUCUCAGGCUUCCUCUUGGGUGCCCGGUAAACGCCACGUCGAUGAGGAUGAUGCUUCGAUAUCAUGGAGGAAGCGGAAGAAGCACUUCUUUAUUUUGAGUAAUUCUGGCAAACCAAUAUAUUCCAGAUAUGGUGAUGAACACAAGCUAGCUGGUUUUUCAGCAACACUUCAAGCCAUUAUUUCCUUCGUGGAGAAUGGGGGAGAUCGUGUCAAAUUGGUGAAGGCUGGGAAACACCAGGUAGUCUUUCUUGUGAAGGGACCAAUUUAUUUAGUUUGCAUUAGCUGCACAGAGGAGCCCUUUGAAUCAUUAAAAGGACAAUUGGAGCUUAUUUACGGUCAGAUGAUACUUAUCUUAACAAAGUCGAUAAAUAGGUGCUUUGAGAAGAAUCCUAAGUUUGAUAUGACACCUUUGCUUGGAGGAACAGAUGUUGUUUUCUCUUCCCUCAUCCACUCCUUUAGUUGGAACCCAGCUACAUUUCUUCAUGCAUACACUUGUCUUCCCCUUGCUUAUGCAACAAGGCAGUCUGCAGGUGCUAUAUUGCAAGAUGUUGCUGAUUCAGGGGUACUUUUUGCAAUACUAAUGUGUAAACACAAGGUUAUCAGUCUUGUUGGUGCACAAAAAGCCUCUCUUCAUCCUGAUGAUAUGUUGCUUCUUUCGAACUUUGUGAUGUCAUCAGAGUCAUUUAGGACAUCAGAAUCAUUCUCACCAAUUUGUUUACCAAGAUAUAAUCCUAUGGCAUUUUUGUAUGCUUAUGUGCAUUUUCUUGAUGUUGAUACAUACUUGAUGUUGCUUACUACCAGUUCAGAUGCCUUCCAUCAUCUUAAAGAUUGCAGGAUUCGCAUAGAAAUGGUCGUCUUGAAGUCCAAUGUUCUUAGUGAAGUUCAGAGAUCAAUGAUAGAUGGUGGAAUGCACGUUGAGGAUUUGCCUGUUGACCCACUGCCUCAAUCUGGAUCAUCUCCUCAUCUAGGCCAGCAAAGACUUCCAACAGAUUCUCCUGAGAGGCCAAGGGAACCAUUUAUUGGCAUUGGUGGUCCUGCUGGACUUUGGCAUUUCAUUUAUCGUAGUAUAUAUCUGGAUCAAUAUGUAUCCUCUGAGUUCUCACCACCACUUAACAAUCCUCAGCAACAGAAAAGAUUGUAUAGAGCUUACCAGAGACUGUAUGCUUCCAUGCAUGUUAAAGGAAUUGGGCCCCAUAAAACUCAGUUUAGAAGAGAUGAAAUCUGUGUUUUACUCUGCUGGGUCACACAGGAUUUUGAGCUAUAUGCGGCGUUUGAUCCCCUUGCAGACAAGGCUCUAGCCAUAAAAACUUGCAAUCAGGUUUGUCAAUGGGUAAAAGAUGUGGAAAAUGAGAUUUUUUUGCAGGGAGCAAGCCCCUUUUCAUGGUGAUAACUCAAUCAUGUUCAUGUAUUACAGAAUGUACUCUACUUUUGUUUAUUCACACUCAUCAUAGUAAUUUUUUUUUUCCCCAUCAUACACGUUUCAUGAUACGCAUAGUUAGCUGGCCAAUUGUAUGAUUCACCAAACUUCAAACUUUUCUUGACGAUGAAGUGGUAGUAAAUUUUGCAAUAAAGUAUCCAAAUUAUCUCCAUCAACUUGUAAGAUAUUAUUCGAUUUAUCUUAUUAGUUUUUACAAUUUUAUUUCAAAAAAAAUAUUUAAUUUUUUACUAUUAUCUUCAUUUCUCCCGGUUUAUUAAUGUUGUUCAUUUUGCAUAGGACCUGUUUGGUGGUCAUGACAUUCUGACACUUCCAACUUUUUGCCUUUCUAAAAUGGGCUUUUCUGUUUCCUUGAUGGGUUUUUUCUAUAUAAUAUGAUCAACAGAU